UAAGAAACCAAAAUCAACUUGGAAAAAUUUCCUCCAUAGUUUCUUCCUUGUCACAUUCAUCAUGACUUAUUUUAGUUUUAAUUACAGUCAAAGAAGACUACUACAACCUCCAAUCAAUAUCCAUCUUCUAUAUUAGAUCUCAUCUCCCUCACUCUAAGCUCAUCAUCAAAAGUGAGCAGUAGUCAUGGCAGUGGGGUUCAAUACAGAGAUGAGUAGUGAGUACAGAAACAAGCAAUAUAAUGGGAGAGUCACAAAAUAUGUGAUACUGUCAUGUAUCAUGGCUUCCAUGGGUGGAGUUCUCUUUGGUUAUGAUAUUGGAAUUUCAGGUGGAGUGACAUCAAUGGAGCCAUUUCUAAGGAAAUUCUUCCCAAAGGUGUUUAGAAGAAUGAAAGAAGAUAAAGAUAUCAGCAAUUACUGCAAAUUUGAUAGUCAACUCUUGACUUCAUUUACAUCAUCUUUAUACAUAGCCGGUCUUGUGGCUUCUUUCUUUGCUUCAUCAAUUACACGAACCUAUGGCCGAAAGCCUUCAAUACUUAUUGGUGGGGCUGCUUUCCUGAUCGGCACAGCCUUUGGUGGCGCUGCUGCAAACAUUUUUAUGCUCAUACUCGGCCGAGUCUUGCUUGGUGUGGGCGUUGGAUUUGCGAUUCAGGCAGUCCCGCUAUAUCUAUCAGAAAUGGCGCCGGCUAGAUACAGAGGAGCAAUUAGCAAUGGUUUUCAGUUAAGCAUUAGUCUCGGAGUUUUAUCUGCUAAUCUCAUCAACUUUGGGACAGAAACAAUUAAAGGUGGUUUAGGAUGGAGAAUUUCACUUGCCAUGGCGGCAGUUCCAGCAUCAAUUUUAACCCUUGGAUCAUUUUUCCUGCCUGAAACCCCAAACAGUUUGAUUCAUCGUGGGAGUGACCAAAAAGCAAAAUUGGUACUGCAGAAAGUAAGAGGAACUAUUGAUGUCCAAGCAGAGCUAGACGAUUUGAUAAAUGCUAGUUCUACGACAAAGGAACCAAAUCAUCUUCCAUUUCAACAAAUCCUGCAGAAAAAAUUCCGGCCUCAGCUCGUAAUGGCAAUUGCCUUACCAUUCUUCCAGCAGGUAACUGGAAUCAAUGUGAUUGCGUUUUACGCUCCACUGCUGUUUCGAACAAUUGGCUUAGGAGAAAGCGCGUCACUCAUGUCAGCUGUAUUGACAGGUCUCGUUGGGACAUGUUCGACCUUCGUAUCAAUGUUUAUAGUCGAUAGAUUGGGACGACGAGUACUCUUCAUAUUUGGAGGCAUUCAAAUGUUCAUAUCACAACUUAUAGUUGGAGGCAUAAUGGCAUAUAAACUUGGCGAUCAUACUGAAUUACUGACUAAAGGAUAUGCAUACUUAGUACUAGUUUUCAUCUGCGUUUAUGUUUGUGGCUUCGCGUUCUCUUGGGGUCCAUUAGGUUGGUUGGUUCCAAGUGAAAUUUUUCCGUUAGAAAUUCGGUCCAUCGGGCAAAGUAUAACUGUGGCAGUGAAUUUCAUACUCACUUUUAUAAUUGCUCAAACAUUUUUAUCAAUGCUUUGUCAUCUCAAAGCUGGGAUCUUCUUCUUUUUUGGUGGUUGGGUAUUUGUAAUGACAGUUUUUGUAUACUUGUUCUUGCCGGAAACUAAGAAUGUACCUAUCGAAAAGAUGGACGAGAUUUGGAGGGAGCAUUGGUUUUGGAAGAGAAUUGUUGGAGAAGAACUUGGAGAGUAAAUAUGUAUAGCAGAAUGUAUUGGAGAUGAGAGAAGUGAUAUGUAAUCAUGAAAACUCAUUUAUUUAUAUAGUAAUUGAAAUUCCUCAUGGAAGUCUCUGUUCCAAGCAA